AUGUCGACCCUCCUACUCCCCCGCGAAGACCUGCCAGGCACAACGACCCCGAGCACGAGCGGAAGCGGCGGCAUGACCCUCCCGCUCCUCCUCGCGAUCGCAAUAGGCGGCGGCGUCCUCCUCUUCAUCUGCCUCGCCUUCCUCCUCAUCGCCCUCGCGGGCCGGCGCCACCGCCGCGAACAAGCACGCCUGGCCGCCCAACAGUGCUCCCCACGCUCCGAGGAGGGCGGCGGGGGAGGAUGUGGCUCGGAAAGCGGCGCCGGGGGGUACUCCCCGCGCACGCCGAGCCCGCGGCCCCGACGCCUGACCAAGGCGAGGCCCAGGACGUACAUGGACGUGAUCGAGACGCGGGAGAAGCAGCCGCACCGGUCGCUCGCGUCGAUCAUGGGGCUGCCGCGGAGUAAGACGUUUAACGUGUUUGGAAGGUCUGGUUGGGAGGUCGGCGGUGGGCAGCAGAGGGGCGGGUAUUUGAGGAGGAAUAUGAGCUGGAUCGACGAGGACGCGAUUCACGGGCCGAGGGUGCUGAGGGAUGAGAGGAGGUUGAGUAUUCGGGAUAGUUUCAUCCUCAGGACGCCGACGUUGCCGGAUUUCUCGGAUUAUAAGGUGGAGGAGGCGUUUGCUGAUGGCGGCGGCAGUGGUGGUGGUGGUGGUAGGUUCGGGGGUGAGCAGCAGCAGCAGCAGUAUAUCCAGCAACCCCGGCCGGUGAGUCUACCGCCGUCACGUUCCGGUCUCCCCCCGCUCCCGAGAACGGCGUCGUAUGAACUGGCGGAGAAGCUGGCCGCCGCGGCAAGGGGCGGCGUUCCCCCGCCUAGUCCGCAGGGUCCGAGGCCCGUUCCGAUGCCGGUGCCGAUGCAGAGGCUGCGGCACAAGACCACGGAGUCGGACCUCGCCGAGAUCCUGAGGUCGACGGAGGAGAGGUUGCAGAACGGCACGCCGAGUAACAGUCGGCCGGCCACGCGGCAGAGGGCGAACUCUGCGUCUGCGGGGUCGAGUAUGAGGACGCCGAGGGGGUCGCCAACGAAGUCUCAUUCGCCCGUCAGAAUCGGCUCUCCGGUAAAGAUGGGCUCACCGACGAAGGGCGGGUCCCCGGUCAGACCGUCACGAUCGCCGACGAGGUCUCAGUCACCUGUGAAGUACGGCUCGCCGGUGAAGAACGCGGUGAUAACCCACGUCGGACAGGCGCUCGACCCCACCGCCCAGAACCGCACCCGCACGCCGAGCCCGUCCAAGAGGAUGAUCGUACCGGUCCUGGUGCAGACGCCUGUCCACCCCGGCCACCGCCGCAAUACCUCGCAGUCCUCGGCGGUCUCGGACGCGGACAGCCUGUUCGGGGAGACGACGCCCGAGAUCGAGCAUGUGCUGCCGACGGGGCUGUCGAGUCCGAGUCGGCGGUCCGAUAAUGAUUCCCCCGGAAACGGGGACAAGCCCGAGGAGAGAUGCACGUCGAUGAAAUCCAUCGGAAGCAACGCCUCCUCGUCGCUUUCGACUUUGUACAGCGUCAACGAGCCGGAAGACGACAGCAAGACCGGAGGAAAGGGAGGGGGCGGCAUCGUUCGGGGACGAAAACCAAAGGGCCUCAUCAUCGACACGCAAAUCUGCGAUCCUUUCGUCACACCACCGGUCGUGCCGCCGAGGAGUCCCAAGCGCCAGGCGUCAAGCCUGCCUCCCCCGCUCCGCCGCAUCUCGCCGCCGGAGGAUACGCCCGUGAUCGAGGCCCCCUUCCCCUCCAGAUCCGCCAGCAACUCGCCCGUCCCGCGUCCGCUGGACGUUAUCAAGCGGAGCAGCACGGCGGACCGGAGCCCGACGCGGCUGUCCAUCAUGACGCACACCCCCGACCUCGCCGCGACGCCGGAAUCCAUCCGCCCGAAAAGCGUGGCGUCGAUGAAACCCGUCUUCCUCGUCUCCAGCACCAGCGUCGUCAGCAUGAAAGCCAGCCCGGGGACGUCGCCCGAAGACAACAGCCACAACCGCCGCCGCCCCGAGAUGCCGAACAACAGAUCGACGUUCGGCCAGAAGCCCAUCUUCCCGCCCCCGCUCAACCUCCAGCCCGGACAUACCUCGCCGAACCGCGAGGCGAUGGCGAUGGGCAGCCCCGCGGGCGCCGUGUCGAUCACGAGGGGCGGCAACAUCUCCCCCGCGCUCCGCGCCGUUCGGAAUCCCCGCGAGAGCUCGCCCUCCGGUUCGCCGCCGCGCAGACCCGCCCCGAACCCAGAACUCCUCGGCGAGCUGCGGCGCGGAUCGCCGACUUUGGGACGGUAUAAGCGCCGUGGGAUGGCGAGCCCGAUCCGCGAGCGUGCGAUGUCGCGGCAGCCGGCGAAUCCGAGGGACAACCGGGCCGACCGGAUGGUCCCGGAUACCGAGUGUCCGUCGAUCGUGCUCAAGCCGACCGGCUCGCCGAGGCGGAACGACUCGUUCCGGCGGGACUUCGCGGUGAUGGGGCUGCAGUCGACGGUGGCGCAGCUGCGGAGGAUGAACAGCCAGAUGAGCACGCUGAGCGGGGCGUCGUCCGUCUCGGACCCGGAUAGUCCUACGCUGCCGAAUAUGCGAGGCGGCGGUUUCAGCCCGGACAGGAGUAACUCGCGAGUCAGCAAGAUCGGGCGGCAGAACUACCUCUCGCUGGGAAUGAGUCCGAAGGCGAAGAGGAACACCAUCAAGGGCGCCAGGAACUCGAUUGCUGUGAUCAAGGGGCGGCCUGGGACGGCGGGUAGACUGGAAGGACUCAAGGCGGCGGUGGAGGAGAAGGAGAACGAGGAGGACACGGGAAGUCAGAUGAUCAGAGGGCCGAGGCCGCUGAAUCCGACGCCGAGGAGUGCUGGGAGGGGAGGUCCGCGGGCGAGUACCGGGAUGAUGGAGAGUCCUACGCGGAGGACGAGUGAUAAGUUUGAACUGGGAAAGAUCGUUGACGGGGAGGAGAGAAAGAUGGAGAAGGCCAGGCAUCAGAGGGAGGCUCUUGGUAAGCUGGCUGGUCUGGAGACACACAAGGAGGUUUCGCCUAGGAAGGUGUCGGAAGGACUUGCGACGGGGACGAAUAGGAAUAGUUCGCCCCUGAGGAUUUGA